AAAUAUCACAAACCAGCCACCACUGUAAGCCCCUUUCCCAUUUCUCUCCGCACAAUCUCCUCGUUCUUCUCUCCUCCGUUAUCAUUUGCCUUAUCGAAUUUCGAGGCGAGCAGAGCGCAGGAUUUUAUCCAUUGUUAUAAAUGGAAGAUCAGUACCAUUACCCGACCAUCGCCCAGAAGGUAGCCAGCCAGCUAACUCUUGGCUCCAGUCUCUCUCAGGAUGCACAGGCCCGCUAUGUGGGCUUCCAGAGGCCUGCUGCCUACCAGCGAAAGUUUUCUUACGGAAACUACACAAACCCUGGAUUGCAGUAUCCUUUCACCUGCAGAGCCACCCAGGAUCUGUCCUUGAUUUCCGCUAAUGCAUCACCAGUGUUCGUUCAGGCUCCCCAGGAAAAGGGUUUAGCCAGCUUUGCGAUUGACUUUCUCAUGGGAGGUGUUUCUGCUGCUGUGUCAAAAACGGCUGCAGCCCCCAUUGAGCGUGUGAAGCUUCUGAUCCAAAACCAAGAUGAGAUGAUCAAGGCUGGCAGACUCUCUGAGCCAUACAAGGGCAUUGGAGACUGUUUCAAGAGAACGGUUCAGGAUGAAGGAUUUGGGUCCUUGUGGAGAGGAAACACCGCUAAUGUCAUCCGCUACUUUCCCACUCAGGCCUUGAACUUUGCUUUCAAGGACUACUUCAAGAGGCUCUUCAACUUCAAGAAGGACCGUGAUGGCUACUGGAAAUGGUUUGCUGGCAACCUUGCAUCUGGUGGUGCUGCUGGUGCUUCCUCAUUGCUGUUUGUCUACUCCUUGGACUAUGCCCGUACUCGUCUGGCCAAUGAUGCCAAGGCUGCUAAGAAGGGUGGCGAGAGGCAGUUCAAUGGUUUGGUUGAUGUCUAUAGAAAGACCUUGAAAUCCGAUGGAAUAGCUGGGCUUUACCGUGGGUUCAACAUCUCAUGUGUUGGAAUCAUUGUGUACCGUGGUCUGUACUUUGGAAUGUACGAUUCUUUGAAGCCGGUGCUCCUGACUGGAGGAUUGCAGGAUAGUUUCUUUGCUAGCUUUGCCCUCGGUUGGCUCAUCACUAACGGUGCUGGUCUAGCCUCCUACCCUAUUGACACCGUUCGUAGAAGAAUGAUGAUGACAUCAGGCGAGGCCGUGAAGUACAAGAGCUCUCUAGACGCAUUUGCUCAGAUUCUGAAGAACGAGGGUGCCAAGUCAUUGUUCAAGGGUGCCGGUGCCAACAUCCUCCGUGCUGUGGCUGGUGCUGGUGUGUUGGCCGGUUACGACAAGCUUCAGGUGAUUGUGUUCGGAAAGAAAUACGGCUCUGGUGGGGCUUAAGUGUAAGGCUCCUGAGAUUUUUAAAUUUAGAAAAAAAAAAAAAAAAAACACAUUAACAGAUGGCGAUGAAAAUCAUAUGUUCUUUAGUUUGAGAAUUCAUUUCAAGGGGAAGUUUGCUGCUUUCGAAAUAAUUUGAAACUUAGAUAGGGUUUUGGACCCGAAUAUUGUUGCUGAUGCUUCCUGGAAACUUAUCCUGGGUGAGAUCAAUUUCAUUUUUGCUGAUGCAUUUAUUAUAAAUUUCCCUGUGGGUAAAAUUUGAUUUUUAUGGCGUAGUCUUCUAGAUUAUUGAUGGUUUUUGGCCGUUAGAGCACCCACAAUGCUUUGGGUCUCUUUUUGUAUAUGU